GGACUUGGGAACUUUCGACCCCAUAUCACUAUCUUGCUCUACAAAGCUAAUCUCCGGCCUAUGUCAGGCCUCUUUCUCCGCUCGUCACUACAUCGUUCGAUGUGACUGUCUAUAGCCUCGCGGCCGUCUCGGUCUGAGGUCAUUGUUGCUCACCUGUUUUGUCCCGUCUUUGGCUCCUCGUAUCCAAGACCCAAGCAACCCCAAGUGAAAAGGGCAGCAUCAUGGGCAUUUCAAUGACAACAUGGCAUAUGAAGACAAUCAGGGGGUCCGGACUUCUGUCCGGCACUUACCCUCUCGCUAUACACUCCGUUUCGUCUCGACUCGUGAUAUCCUCCUCCAAGCACCGCAAGCUAUCGCGCUGCUCUCACAACCAUCGACAUGGCCCAGACUUCAACAAGAAGCACAUCUAUGAGCAUCAACACCUUUGUGAACCUCGGAUGCGAACCAAACCGACCCGUCGAGCUCGACCAGUAGAUCCUAUCGUUGAGGAUCAUCAGCCGUUGUGGAGCCAUACCUGGAGCUCAAGCCUGCCUUUUCAGAAGAUCAACGAAAAGUUCUCAAGGCAUCCAAGCUCUUAUAAAGACUUUUGGGAAAUGGAGGUGAACCGUACUCGUCGCACGAUGGACCACAUAAAGCAGGCAAUUGAAAAUGACCCUUACGGAGCUAUCUUUGGAAGGAGACUUGAGCCAUUGAAGUCUUUUGAGAGAUUCGAUAAGACGUUUACCUCCUUAUGUCGUGCGCUGUUUGGGCUCGGUGACAAAUCCGUGGACAAGGCCCAUGCGGAUAUAGCCCAUGAGACGCCGCGUACCAUGACGACCACGACAAGAUCUAAGAAGACCCCGGACACGCUCAAGAAACCCCAGUCAACCGAGUCAGGUAAGCCAAGAGGCCCAGUUGCGAUUCACACAAAGAAGAAUGUCACGAGAUACGAGUUCGACCCUAUUAGUGGUCGUAUGAUUCCUAAGAUAGCCAAGAAUCCGGAUGUUGCUGAGAAAGGUGAAGGUGGGAGAAGCCCAGUUUUUUCGGCUGCGGACACUACCUCCGCCUCGGAGACCACCGGCUAUAUGUCUCCUCUAAACCGAGAUCCAGUGGAGUCUGGCUCUCAGGAUGCUUCUAUUCAGGAAAAAUGUAAUGGUGACUUGGCGACAGACGUUGCACCAAUGACAGUCGUGAAAAAUCAAUCGCAGAAGACUCCAUCAUGCGCCGAUGAGGAAACGGCUCAGACUGAGUCUAGAGAUUAUCUCAAGUUCUUCGAGAGCUCUUCAAAUUCACCGGAAGCGACUAGUAGCGCUACGGAAAGAGCAGUACGAGAGUUAGCCCAACAGGAGAGCCUGUCCGAAUUUUCAGACAGCGACUCGGUCAAGCCAUUCUUAAGACAUGAUGCGCACCAAGGAGCCAUACAAUCGCAAUCACUUCCUGCGGAUCACAUACCUACCCUGGGAAUGGACGGUCUGGUCGCCAAUGACAAGCCCACUUCUUCGAAUUUCGCCAGACUGGACGAGGUUGGAGAGGAAUUGGCAAGAUCAAAGGAUACAAGUCGGAAACAGGAAGAAGAAGAGCUAGAUUCCUUGAGUGCAAGCGAUAUCCGUGCCUCAUAUCUGGGGAAGGAGCCAGAUCUCGAUGCUCGCGCAUCACAAGACUCGAAUGAGUCGAAUGAAAUGUUGAACGCCCAAACUAACACUACUGGCCAAGUCGAUGCAAGCAUUGACCCGGGCAUUGAAUGUUUUCAAGAGGCAACCGACCAAAGCCUUUCAUCCACAACAGAGGACUUGGCAGUCUCGGACAAGCUUCAAGAUGUGGCCUCAGAGACAACAAUUGCCUCGGAUCAACUCGCCAUGAAUGAAGUACAGAAAGCUGUGCCGUCUCCGAACUCACCCAUAACUGUUCCGCACAACCUCUCUGGUCAGGUAAAUGCCGAGACGUAUCGCGUGCUCGCAUUUGAUCCCAUCUCUAUUAGUAUCACCGAAGCAGAAACAAGCUCAUCUUUCCAUCCGACAGAUGAAAUCUCUCACCCCGCCGAGAUACUCAACCGCCUGAACAAUGCUGCAAUGUUCUUACCGUACUUUGAGAGGUUGAAUAACAAUGGGUAUGAGAUUGUCUCUGGUGGUGGGGAUGUCCUCGUCUUCAGAAAGACGCGAAAUUCGUUUGAGCAGAUCGAAGGAGCCAAUGCCGACCCUAAGAAGGGCACAACGCCGUCUUCAGCAACACUUAAUGACCAGCAGCAGCACGAGCUAAACCCUGACAUUGUUCUUCAAGGAUCACAAAGCACCACAUCCGAGACCGGGGGAAAGACCUCGCAAGGAAGUAAAUCCGCGAAAUUCCUCCGCAGAAUGCUUCUUGGUGGCGUGGCUACUGCUGGCACUUUCUACGCGCUAGGCGUUGUGACUGAAUAUUUCCGCACUGGUGGAGAGGAUGGGCGUGGAAUCGAUGCCUUUACAGCAUUCGAGUCCGAACGCCGCCGUCAGGAAUGAUUUCCUAGUUGAAUUUCUACUUGAUUCUGGAACCAGUCGGGCGGCCACAUAUGGUAUUCAGAUUGUACUUAUCUCCUCAAUGUAAAAUACAGAUUGCCUCCUGCGUCAAGCCAGCCACCAAUUCUUCCUAGUUACCCCAACAUCACGAUACGUAAUGGAUCCCUUGAACGGACACAAGC